ACAUAAGCCCGGUGGGGUUUGGCCGGGGGGUUCACUCGCACCUGGGCGCAGGUCCAGUUUCUCUUUCGGGCGGCGACAGACGGGGACGUAAUAUCCAGCCGCCAUGAACAAGCUCGCGACGCUGGCUGUGCUGCUGGCGGUGGCCGCGCGGGCCGCCGAGGCGGCCGCCCUGCCCGCCGAGGCGGGCUUCGGCAUCUCGUUCGGCGGCAAGGGAUUCGGAGUCAGUUUCGGUGCGCAUGAGGAGGUCAAGAAGGGCAGCGAGGUGGGACACACCGUCGAGCCCGAGGACGGCGUGGGCGGCUCGUCCGUCACCCACCUCAGCAAGGUCGAGGAGAGCAGCGUGUCCGGAGGGCAUUCCUACGGCAAGGACGGCCUGGUCGGCUCCAAGACAACCGUCACGCAGACGGAGGAGACAGUUGGAGGUAGCCACGGCCACGGAGCUGGCCGCGGAACCAGUGGCAUCAGCAGCUCAGUGUCCGUCAAGAGGGUGGUGUCCGAGUCCGAUUUCGAUGGCGUUUCCGACCCUGCCGUCGGAUCGUCGUCCUCGGUCGUCGUACAAAAACAAAAGGUCAGUGAGUCCGGCACCAGCGGAGGCUUCGGCGAGGGACACGAGUCGGUGGCUGCCAAGUCCUACUCCGCCAAGGAGUCCUCCGAAACCAGCUACUCCGGUGGUGUCGGUCUCGGCAGCGGUCACGGCGGUUCGAGCAGUUCCGUGUCCAUCGACAAGGCCUCCGAGUCCAGCUACGGCACCGGCUACGGCGGCCUCGGCGGCCUCGGCGGCCUCGGCAGCUCCCGCUCAGCUUCGCUGAGUAAGAGCUCCGAGAGCUCCGAGAUCUCCGAGACCUCCGAGACCUCCGGGUCUAGCUACACCGGCGUCCAGAGCGGCGGCCUGCGUUCGGGUCUAGGGUCAUCGUACGGCAAAGUUGGCAAGUCCGUCUCCGUCAGCGAGUCGACGCAGACCGGCCUCUCCGCCGGCCGCGUCGACCCCCCCGAGGUCGGCUCCAGGAGCAGCGUGUCCGUCGAGGAGCGCGUCUCCGGGUCCAGCUACAACGGCGGCUCCUCGGGCCGCGGCCUGGGUGCCGCCGGGAGGACGUCUUCGUCCUCCGUCCAGAAGGAGAGCUCGUCCAAAUCGUACGGCACCGGUGGCGAGCACGCCCUGGGAGGCUCUAGCUCGAGGUCCUCGUCAGUCGAGAAGACCGUCUCACAGACCGGAGGCUACGGUGGGAGCAGCCGUGUCGGCGGCGGCUACGGCGGCGGGUCGGGACGGUCCAGCUCAUCAGAGUACAGCUCGCAGACGGUGACGGUGGAGGAGAGCGCUGCGGGUCACCAGGGAGCGCGCUCGGGCGAGCACGCCCACUCCGGCGUCAGCUUCGGCGUGGGUGUGGGGGAGAGCGCGGGCGGAGCGCACAGCGGCUUCGGCUGGUCCUUCUCUCUCUGAGCUCGUCGAACCAUCACGUCACGUCGGCAAGCAGAGAGGUGAUUCCAAUUUUAGAGGAAAUAAAAUGUAAAAUGUAAAAAUUAGAAAGCCGCCGUCGAAAAGUCUUAUUAGUUUUGUGAAAUAAAACGAAAUAAAAACCUCAUCUACUAGGGAGAA